UUUUGCUGGCGGCGUUAUAGGCGGAGCCCAAUCAUUGCUCUUCCGUCACCAUGCCUCCUUCCUCUAGAUUUCUCGCCCCCGGCGUCGAGCGGCCUCCGCCGCCGCUGAUCCCUUCUCCGGGGCAGACCACCAACAUCGACUUGGUGGUUAUCCUGGUCUCCUUGCUCUGUGCCAUGGUCAGCGUCGCCGGCCUCACCCUCGUCGUCCGCUGCUUCUGCUCAGGCCGCUUCCCUCUUCAAGCGGCGGCGCCUGGCAAGGGCCUCGAGAAGGAAGUCCUGCGGCGGCUGCCCAAGGUCUCGUACGGCGGCGGCGAGGGCGAGGGAGACGGACCGGCAGCGGAGUGUCCCAUCUGCCUGGCGGAGUUCGAGGAGGGGGACCAGCUCCGAGUGCUCCCGCAGUGCGGCCACGGCUUCCACGUCGGCUGCGUCGACGCCUGGCUCCGCCACCACUCCAGCUGCCCCUCCUGCCGCCGCCUCCUCGUCCUCCCCCUGCCUCCCUCCCGCUGCCAGGGCUGCGGCGAGGCUUCCAUCGACGCGGCCGAGCCAACGCCGUCGGCCCCCACUGGCGCUCUCAGACCCUGAAUCCAACCAACUUACUUGCUUCAGCUGGUCUUCUCUGUUCCUAUUUCUCACUACAUGCGACUUUUCUUUUUUCUUCUAAUGAUUUCUUCUAGUGGAGGCUUCAUAUUCGUAAACCAUUAAAUGAACUUAAACUACAAACUUAAGGCAAACCUUCAUCAGGAUAAACCUUUUACUACUCAAA